AUGUUAACAACAAUAUCUGACGUUGUUAAACAACUAAUUGAGGCAUACGAACAAGGAAAAGAAAUUGAUUUAAAUAAAGUUAAAUGUAAAGCAUCAGCUAAAUAUGGACUUGGUUUACAACCACGAUUAGUUGAUAUUAUUGCUGCAAUACCAGAAUCAUAUAAAAAAGUUCUUCUACCAAAAAUAAAAGCUAAACCUGUUCGAACAGCUAGUGGUAUUGUUGUUGUUGCUGUUAUGUGUAAACCUCAUCGAUGUCCACAUAUUGCUAUGACUGGUAAUAUUUGUGUUUAUUGUCCUGGUGGACCAGAUUCUGAUUUUGAAUAUUCAACACAAUCUUAUACAGGAUAUGAACCAACAUCAAUGCGAGCUAUUCGAGCACGAUAUAAUCCAUAUUUACAAACGAAACAUCGUCUUGAACAAUUAAAACAACUUGGACAUAAUAUAGAUAAAGUAGAAUUUAUAGUUAUGGGUGGAACAUUUAUGUCACUACCAGAAACUUAUAGAGAUUAUUUUAUUCGAAGUUUACAUGAUGCUUGUUCAGGUCAUACGAGUAGUAAUGUUAGUGAAGCUGUUAGAUAUUCUGAAUGUAGUAAAACAAAGUGUAUUGGUAUUACAAUUGAAACUCGACCCGACUAUUGUCUUAAAGCUCAUUUGAGUGACAUGCUUGCAUAUGGAUGUACACGUCUUGAAAUUGGUGUCCAAAGUGUUUAUGAAGAUGUCGCUCGAGAUACAAACAGAGGACAUACUGUAAAAGCAGUAACUGAAUCAUUUCGAAUGUCAAAAGAUUCCGGUUUUAAAGUUGUUUCACAUAUGAUGCCCAAUUUACCUAAUGUUGAUCUUGAACGUGAUCUCGCUCAAUUCAAAGAAUUUUUUGAAAAUCCAGAAUUUCGUCCUGACGGGCUUAAACUUUAUCCCACACUUGUUAUUCGUGGCACUGGUUUAUAUGAGUUAUGGCGAACAAAUCGUUAUGCAAGUUAUCCUCCUUCAGUUCUUGUUGAUUUAGUUGCUCGAAUUCUAGCACUUGUUCCACCAUGGACACGUGUUUAUCGUGUUCAACGUGACAUACCAAUGCCACUUGUUACAUCCGGUGUUGAACAUGGUAAUUUACGUGAACAUGCUUUAGCACGUAUGCGUGAUUUAAAUUUGGAAUGUCGUGAUGUUCGUACACGUGAAGUUGGUAUACAAGAAAUUCAUAAUAGAAUAAAACCAGAACAAGUUGAACUUAUACGACGAGAUUAUGUUGCAAAUGAUGGUUGGGAAACAUUUUUAUCAUAUGAAGAUCCUGAACAAGAUAUAUUAAUUGGUUUAUUACGUUUAAGAAAAUGUACUAAUGAAACAUUUCGAACAGAAUUAAAACGAGGACAAGUGUCAAUUGUUAGAGAAUUACAUGUUUAUGGAAGUGUUGUACCAGUACAUGCUAAAGAUCCAUCAAAAUUUCAACAUCAGGGAUAUGGUAUGUUACUGAUGGAAGAAGCUGAACGUAUAGCAUUAGAAGAACAUGGUUCAUGGAAAAUUAGUGUUAUAUCAGGUGUUGGAACAAGAAACUAUUAUCGUAAAUUGGGUUAUGAACUUGAUGGACCAUAUAUGUCAAAAAUUCUUGGUCCAGAACCGGUUUAA